AUGGCCUCUAAUUCACAUGCAGUGAAUAAUGUUGAUGUUCAAGGACAAGAACCACCAACACAAGAUGCAGAUGCAAGCACCACAAAUAAAAGGCAGAAAACAUCAAAGGUGUGGGAUGAUUUUCAUGAAGUGGACAUCCCCAAUGUUGGGCCUAAGGCAAUUAAAGACAUCAUUAAGAAUGUUAGAGAAAGUGUCAAAUAUGUUAAUCAUUCUGACUCAAGAUUAAAGACUUUCUCUGACAUUGUUAAGCAAAUGGGUAUAAAAGAAAGAAAGCUAGUGAUUUAUUGUCCCACUAGAUGGAAUUCUACCUAUGAAAUGUUGAAUAUUGCUUCAAGAUUUAAAGAUGUUUUUCCAGAAUACAAGGAAAGAGACCCACACUACAAUUGUUUGCCGUCUAUUGAAGAGUGGGAAAAGGUUGAUAAGGUAUGUCAUUUAUUAAAAAAAUUCUCUCAUGCUACUAAUAUCAUAUUAGGUAGUGAUUAUCCUACAGCAAGCUUAUAUCUUCCGGAAGUUUAUAUGGUCAAAGUAGUGAUUAAUAAAGCAGCUGAAGAUAGUUCUGAUUUUAUGAGAAGAAUGACAAGGUUUAUGAAAGAGAAAUUUGAUAAGUAUUGGGGGGAAUGCAAUUUGUUGAUGGUCAUUGCUAGUAUUUUGGACCCAAGGUGUAAAUUAGAAAUGGUAAGCCUUUGUUUCCCACUUAUUUACAAAUCAGAUUUUGAUGCCAAAGUAAACAUAGAAAAGGUGUGUCAAGCUUUAGAAGAAAUUUACAAUGAUUAUUUGCAAGAAUCUUCCUCUAAUAUAGAUGUCAGAACUAGGGUGGAAGGAUCUUUCUCUUCUACUCCCUCAACUAAAGUUUCACAAGAUUUUGAAUCUGGGUUUGCUCAACUCAUGAGCAUGAUACGUGCAAGGGAAUCUGUUCAUUCAGUUAAGUCAGAGUUAAAGUGUUACCUUGAAGAGAAUGUUUAUAUAAGUGAGGAUAAUUCUCAUCUUUCAUUUGAUGCCUUGGAAUGGUGGAAGAACAAUAGCAUGAAGUAUAGGAUUUUAUCAAAUAUGGCAAAAGAUAUAUUAGCAAUACCAGUCUCUACAAUCGUAUCUGAAUCGACAUUUAGUGCUGGAAAAAGAGUCAUUGAUGCUUAUCGGGCAAGUUUGGCAGAAAAUACAGUUCAAGCAUUAAUUUGCAGUGCAGAUUGGUUACGUAAUAAGUAUGGCAUAAAGAAAAAGCAGAAGAAUUUUGUACUAUUUUAG